AUGAAAUCUCCAGGGAAGCCGAUGUCACCUUCUCCGACGGAUACUUCAAUGGCCAUAGUGACUUUCGACAAGUCCACUACCCAGUACUCUUCGUCUCCAUCGCCGCCACACUCGCUUGACCAUUCCAGCGAAUCGGAGAAGGACGAGAAACGUACACCCGAGAGUAGGAGGAACAAGAUUCCGGCCAAGGAAGAAGCAAAGGCCGAGGAAACUCGAUCUCCGAUUGUGGUGGUUCACAGCCACAGUCACAGUCACAAUCAGAAUCCGUCUGUGAAAGAAUUCUCUCCUCCCGUGGCGACGACGAGGAAGAGCGCGCGGGUUGGUUCCGGGAGAAGCAGCGGUCAGCGAUCUGGAGCUGUUUCGGCGAUUCUGAGGAGGUCGAAGAGGGAGGAGGUGGUAAAGUUUGCAGCUUUAGGGUUCCGGCUAGGUGAGUUCGUGCUGGCUUUGAUUUCGUUCUCAGUCAUGGCUGCUGAUAGAACCAAAGGUUGGAGCGGAGAUUCUUUCGAUCGUUACAAGGAGUACAGGUUUUGUCUGUCUGUGAACGUGGUUGCUUUUGUAUAUUCUGCUUUUCAAGCAUGUGACUUAGCAUACCAUCUUCUGCUUGCAUAUCUGCUUAUAUCUGCCUCGACCGCUGCAGUCACACGUGUCGACGACUGGGUUACAAACUGGGGAAAAGACGACUUCACGGAGAUGGCGAGUGCCUCCAUUGCUAUGUCCUUCUUGGCUUUCUUUGCAUUUGCUUGCAGUUCCCUUAUAUCAGGCUCUAACCUCUUUAACCAAGACUCUCUCUGA